CAAAAGUGUGGCCAUUUUCUUUGAAAUAUUGAAGGAACGUAUCACGGACACGUUUGGAGGUCCAUUCCAACUUAGGAUCAUUAUCUGAAGCCAUACUGAAUGAUCUUGUGAUGAUUUUUGCAGGCAGAAUAUUUGAAAGUGGGGGAGUGUGAAGGUGGUAGAAUGUUCUGGGUUGCGACCUAAAGGGUGAAGAUAGAUGAGUCAAAGCCAGUUCCCCCUCCUUUAUGAACCUAUGAAUACGCAUCAAGCGAGUCGUCGGUUGUAACAUCCAGUUUUAUUUAAUUUGAAUGUUCACCCUGUCAUGUGCAGUACCAUAAUUAAUAUAUAAUUUGAUUACCAGAUCUAUUCCCUCAUCCACCAAGAAAGGGGAAGGAAAAAAAAAAAAGGUCAGUGGUUGUGUGGCUAAUGGCACAUGCUGGUGAGGAAAUCAAUCACGGGAAAAAGCGCCCCGCAGAGAGUUACCCUGAGGGUGAUCAGCCUCUGGCAAAGAGAUUCGGUCGGUUGCAUAUCAAUACCAUAACCUCCGAACAUGACAUCAGUGACAGGAAGCUUCCUGCUUCCGUCCAUCCUGAUACCAUGUUAUUGGACGAUACUAAGGAUACCAUUUACAUACAUGAUCUGGACAGAGAACUAGAGGAUAUUGAAUCAAAAGAAUAUUGUCUUGAUAUCCUUCCCGGAGUUGCUGAGCGGAUGUCAACUAUUCCGAAGUCAUUGGUCGCAAAUACUACAAGCCCGUGCAACGAGUUGGUCCUCUACACCGAGCCUACAUCAUUAUCAAUCCCUAAGGAGGAGGAUAAUGUACGAAAAGCGCUGAUAGCUACACGGGAGCGCGCUAGAAGAAUUCAACAUAAUUCUCAUACGCAAGGUCGGGACUGUACCAAAAGCUCAACCGCAAGCGCGACUACGAGUGGCCGCGGUACCUUAGAAGGGCCUAUUGAUAAAUUUUAG